AUGGAAUGUCAGGAACCUCCGGUCAGCGGGGGCCAGCCUGGGGAGUGUGGGAUUGGGGGGCGCGUGGGCAGCUCUUUGUGCGUCCAGGCCCCUGGGGACCACGAGAAAGCCCAGACAGGGUCUGGGGUCCGGCCCCCUCCGGCCCGGGCGCUGCCGGGGCUCCCCGCCCGCCGCCCGCAGCCAGCCCCGCGGGCCCUGCGCAGUUCCCGGGGAGCGGCGCGAGCCGCCCUGGGGCGGGGCGGGGCCGAGGCCGGGGGCGCCCACCGAGCUGGCGCUGCGCCCGCCGCUCCGCAGCCGAGGCGCAUUCGGCGGGGCGGCCGGGCCGGGGAGCGCGCACGGAGCGCGGGACGGAGCGCCGGGCGGACGGACCGACGGACGGCCACCCCCGCACACGCAGACGCACAGAGCUCGGCGCGGCCCCCGUCACACACACACACACUCGCGCACACACAGACACACGCACCCUCGCGCGCGCACAUCCUCCCGCCGGCCCGCCUGCCCGCCCGCCGGCGCCCGGAGCCCGCUCUGGCCGAGCACUGUUUUCACCAAAGCCUGAAGGCCAGAAGAGCAGAGAGCUUAGGAAUAUGGGCACUGAGGGGCAGAUCUGCCAUUCCUAGCUGCGUGGCCUGGGGCGGGUCACUUCACUUCUCUGAGUCUCCAUUGUCUCCUCUAGAAGAUACAGGAGUGCAAGGGAACCACGCUGCUGAUGACUCCGAGGGAGGGGCCCUGGACAUGUGCUGCAGCGAGAGGCUGCCGGGUCUCCCCGAGCCGGGAGUGAUGGAGGCGCUGGACCAGGCCGAGGGGCUCACCGACUCACAGAGAGAGAUGCCGCCGCCCCCACCUCCUUCACCGCCCUCAGAGCCAGCUCAGGAGCCGCCACCUCCAGGGGCCGGGAGCCACUCCCUCACUGUCAGGAGCAGCCUGUGCCUGUUGGCUGCCUCUCAGGUCCUGCUUGCCUGCGGGAUGCUCUGGCUCAGUGGCUACUGCCCGCUCUGGUCGCAGAACGCCACAGACCUCCUCUCCUCCUUGCUGGCGCUCCUGGAACAGCUGGGACCCACGGCCUGGCUGGGCAUUGGGACCUGGGACAUCCCCAGUCUGCUGCUAGUCUCUCUGACCGUGGUCCUUGUCACUACCCUGGUGUGGCACCUCCUGAGGGCUCCCCCAGAGCCUUCUGCCCCGCUGCCCCCCGAGGACAGGCGCCAGUCGGUGAGCCGCCAGCCCUCCUUCACUUACUCGGAGUGGAUGGAAGAGAAGGUCGAGGAUGACUUCCUGGACCUGGACCCUGUCCCCGAGACUCCUGUGUUUGACUGCACAAUGGACAUCAAGCCUGAGGCCGACCCCGCCUCACUGACCGUCAAGUCCAUGGGUCUGCAGGAGAGGAGGGGCUCCAACGUCUCCCUGACCCUGGACAUGUGCACCCCGGGCUGCAAUGAGGAGGGCUUCGGCUACCUCAUGUCCCCACGCGAGGAGUCAGCCCGCGAGUACCUGCUCAGCGCCUCCCGUGUCCUCCAGGCCGAGGAGCUGCACGAAAAGGCCCUGGACCCCUUCCUGCUGCAGGCGGAGUUCUUUGAAAUCCCCAUGAACUUUGUGGAUCCAAAAGAGUAUGACAUCCCUGGGCUGGUGCGGAAGAAUCGGUACAAAACCAUCCUUCCCAACCCUCACAGCAGAGUCUGCCUGACCUCACCAGACCCUGACGACCCUCUGAGUUCCUACAUCAACGCCAACUACAUCCGGGGCUAUGGUGGGGAGGAGAAGGUGUACAUUGCCACUCAGGGACCCAUCGUCAGCACGGUCGGCGACUUCUGGCGCAUGGUGUGGCAGGAGCACACGCCCAUCAUUGUCAUGAUCACCAAUAUCGAGGAGAUGAACGAGAAGUGCACCGAGUACUGGCCGGAGGAGCAGGUGGUGUACGACGGGGUCGAGAUCACCGUGCGGAAGGUCGUUCACACUGAGGAUUACCGGCUGCGACUUAUCUCCCUCAGGAGCGGGACCGAGGAGCGAGACCUGAAGCAUUACUGGUUCACGUCCUGGCCUGACCAGAAGACCCCAGACCGGGCCCCCCCGCUCCUGCACCUGGUGCGGGAGGUGGAGGAGGCAGCCCAGCAGGAGGGGCCCCACGGUGCCCCCAUCGUCGUCCACUGCAGCGCAGGCAUUGGGAGGACCGGCUGCUUCAUUGCCACCAGCAUCUGCUGCCAGCAGCUGCGGCAGGAGGGUGUGGUGGACAUCCUGAAGACCACGUGCCAGCUCCGUCAGGACAGGGGCGGCAUGAUCCAGACGUGCGAGCAGUACCAGUUCGUGCACCACGUCAUGAGCCUCUACGAGAAGCAGCUGUCCCGCCAGGGCCCAGAGUGACCCCCCCCCCCCCCCCCCCGCCCUCCCAGGUCCUCUGAGCCUGGGCCCCCCAGCCACAUGCAGGGCCUGCCCAGGGCCCGGGCUGCUCCCUGCCCUCCUGCUUCCUUCUCUUCAGUCUGCUCCCUCCCUCCCUCCCUGCUCCCUCAGCCUCGGCCUGGCCCUGGCCCCCCACAUAGCUCUUCCUACUGUACCUGCUGGGGAGUGGGGUUGGGGGAGGGAUGUGCCAGGCCAGGCCUGGGGCCCCAGGGCCAGACCCACACCAUGCAGGCCCAGGGCCUCGGUUUUUAACCAUGGUUCCAUUGCUACUUGAUCCAAACGUCUCCGGGCCGCACUCCAAAUGUCCCACCGCAGCGUGCUGUCAGUCCGUCCAUCUCUGCCAUCUGUACCGGACACUGUGUCUCCUCAGCCCGGGAAGGGGGCAGUGAGCUCCAGCCCCGACGACGUCGCCCAGGCAGAGGCGCCUUCCUCCGGCGCCACCCCGCUUCUCCAGCAGGCAGGCUGCAUUUUGCCUCCAGUUAUUGGGACCAGGAUGCAGAGGGGGCCUGAGGCCCUGGAGAUCAGGCUGUCGGGGGCUCCUGAGCGGGGAGAGAUCCCAGCUGGGGGAGAGGUCUCUGGGUUGGGGGGGGCAAUCACAGCUGGAGUGGCAUCUGGGUAUCGGAUGCCCUCAGGAGGUGGUGACCAGCCUGUGCGGCACUGGGGAAGGGGAUUUAUGGGGUCUUGAACCCAGAGGCCCUGGGUCCUGCUGGGGGCGGGAGAGGGGAGCGCGAGGGUGGGGUGGGACUCGGCCCCUGGCCUGUGUGGCACUGUCUCUGUGUCACUGUGGGAAAAGCCUCCUGGAAGUCUGGCCGCGUGCAGCUCUGCGUGUGUUCCCGUGUCCACGCGUGUGUUGAGAGCCCAUCUGCAGGGCGUGCAUGACUCUUUGGCAACAUGCGUUCUCUUGGAGCCACGUGUUUUUAUUGCUGACUUUAAAUAUUUAUUCCACGGCAGACAGAGACAUGUGGUGUCUUUUUAUAAUUUGCUCGUGGUCAUUGAAUAGAGCAAUAAAAGGAGCAUUUGGAGCAAAACUAGA